AUGGAGGUUGAUUUGGAUGACAAUGGUGUUGCAGACACGUGCAGGCUUCUUUUUGAUAAUGAUGAUUGGGUUGUGAAUAGGGAUUGCUGUUUGGUGAUGUUAAUGAAUUCCAAGUUAUGUUUGUUGCGUUGUGCAAACAAUUGUAUGCUACUGGAUUGUUCACCUGUUUUCAGAAGGCAACAGUUCUUGAUAAGAUCUCUUGGAGGUGGAGGUGGCAUUGAUCAUCACACCAAUUAUAGUUCUGGAAAAAUGCAGUCUGUUGAGGUUGAUGCUGAGAAUAUUAUUAGAGCAAUUACUCCUGCCCUAGAUUCUAGUAGACAUAAAGGCCAGGCAGGGAAUAUAGCUGUUAUUGGAGGGUGCCGCGAAUAUACAGGUGCCCCAUAUUUUGCUGCUAUUUCAGCCUUAAAAAUUGGUGCAGAUUUGUCUCAUGUAUUCUGUACAAAAGAUGCUGCUCAUGUCAUUAAAAGCUAUAGUCCUGAGUUGAUUGUGCACCCUGUAUUGGAAGAAUCGUAUAAUGUCAGGGAAGAGGACAAGAAAAUGAUAUCAAGCAAGGUUCUUGCUGAAGUUGACAAAUGGAUAGAAAGAUUUAACUGUCUAGUCAUUGGUCCAGGCCUUGGAAGAGACCCAUUUCUUCUAGACUGUGUGAGUGAAAUCAUGAGACAUGCAAGACAGUCAAACAUCCCAAUUGUGAUAGAUGGGGAUGGACUUUUUCUUGUUACAAAUAAUCUUGACCUUGUUAGUGGCUAUGCCUUAGCUGUUCUAACCCCAAAUGUCAAUGAAUAUAAGAGACUUGUACAGAAAGUCCUGAGUUCAGAAGUAAAUGAUGAAGAUGCCACUCAGCAAGUGCUAUCUCUUGCCAAACAAAUUGGCGGUGUUACUAUCCUAAAAAAAGGAAAAUCUGAUAUAAUAAACGAUGGUGACACAGUCAAAUCAGUAAGCAUCUAUGGUUCUCCUAGACGCUGUGGUGGCCAAGGUGACAUCCUUUCUGGAAGUGUUGCUGUCUUUUUAUCAUGGGCGCGCCAACAUAUUGAAGCUGCUGGUCCAGAUUCAAAUCUCAGUUGUAAAAAUCCAACAGUGUUGGGAUCCAUUGCUGGCUCUGCUAUGAUGAGGAAGGCAGCUUCCCUUGCUUUCUCAAAUAAGAAAAGAUCAACUGUCACUGGUGACAUCAUUGAAUGUUUGGGGAAAAGUUUGGAAGAUAUUUGCCCUGCCAGUUCAUGAUGUUUGUGACCUCCAGAGAGACUAUGAUCCUCUAUAGUUGUUGUAUGGUGCAGUAGCUGUGGGGACUAUUAGAUUAAGAGAGAGAGACUAUGAUCCUCUAUAGUUGUUGUAUGGUGCAGAAGCUGUGGGGACUAUUAGAUUAAGAGAGAGAGACGCUUGUAUAAAAUGUUUUAAGUUAAUGGUAUGAUUUGCCUAAAGUAGACAUGCUGUUUGUGACAUCCAUUCACUUUAGUUUUGUACAAGUUAACGUUUAUGUGGUCAUUACAUGUUAAUGUCUUGAAUUUUUGGAUGAUGACCAAUUUAGAAAACUGUGACAAAGCUCUCAAAAGAAUAAAUGAUUUUUAUUUUUAAUAGCA